AUGGCCGAAAGAAAGAUUGAAGACUUUGCCAUGAGGCUCUCGGACCCCAACCUAGAUGUAAAACACAAGGUCAAUGUCGCGACAGAGCUCCGAGAUGCUGUCGAAGCCUUUACCUCACAAGGAUCUCUGUAUCCUACCUUUCUCAAGAAGCUCAUGCCUAUCCUCACAAAGCUGUUGGACGGACAACCUGUUUUUAUAAGCACAUCAUGGGAGCAGAAACUUCGAAACUGUGUGCUCGAAAUUAUUCAUCGCCUACCGAUGACUCCGCCGGAAGCCCUCGAACCAUAUGCACCGGAGAUCGUAGAUCUCCUGAUAGGCCUGGCUCGCGUGGAGAAUGAAGAGAACGCUAUCCUUUGCAUGAGGACUAUCAUAAACUUCCAGCGGAAUCAAACAAAGGUUUUGGGUGAGCGAGUUCAACCGUUCUUGGACCUUAUCCAGGAAAUGUUUGAGAUGAUGGAGCAAGCGGUCAAGGACACCUUCGACAAUCCGGCUCAGGCUGCAACAUCCGGGAUUCCAGCUACGCCAAGCAAUCCGCAAAAUUUCCAGUCACCCCGACCCGGAUCUCCGACAGCGUCGGUUUCAGACUUGGGCGUUGAGCAACAGACGACUCGACCUUUGGCAAAGGGUAUGCAGUCCUUCAAGGUUUUGGCGGAGUGCCCCAUUAUUGUCGUAUCUCUGUUCCAGUCCUAUCGAAACUGUGUGAACAAGAAUGUCAAACUUUUCGUGCCCCUGAUUAAGAGCGUUUUGCUUCUACAGGCUAGGCCUCAAGAGCGCGCCCAUGCUGAAGCCAGGGCCCAGGGCAAAAUCUUUACCGGUGUUAGCCACGAUAUAAAAAAUCGGACUGCCUUCGGAGAUUUCAUCACUGCACAAGUGAAGACGAUGAGUUUCUUGGCUUAUCUCUUACGAGCAUACGCGCAGCAACUCUCCGACUUCUUGCCAGCACUCCCUGAGAUUGUUGUUCGUCUCCUAAAGGACUGCCCUCGUGAGCGAUCAUCGGCCCGCAAGGAAUUAUUGGUAGCGAUACGACAUAUCAUCAAUUUCAAUUUUCGGAAGAUUUUUCUCACCAAGAUUGACGAGCUUCUCGAUGAACGAGUGCUGAUUGGGGACGGCUUGACUGUCUACGAGACAAUGCGACCUUUAGCCUUUAGUAUGCUCGCAGAUUUGCUCCACCACCUCCGGGAAUCUCUCUCCCGAGACCAAAUCUGUCGAACAGUGGUCGUAUAUACAAAGAACUUACACGACGAUUUCCCAGGAACUAGCUUUCAGACUAUGAGCGCGAAGCUGUUACUGAACAUGGCUGACUCUAUCGCAAAGCUGGAGAAUAAGCAGGAUGCGCGGCAUUUCCUCAUAAUGAUUCUAGAUUCCAUAGCAGAGAAGUUUGCUGUGAUGAACAGACAGUAUCCGAACGCUGUCAAGCUUGCCAAGCAGUAUGCCAAUCAGCAGGAGGACCAGGUAUCGGAAAAUUACUUCGCGGAUAAGGCGAACCCUCCUGAUUGGGAUGAGGUUGAAAUCUUUAAUGCUGUGCCCAUUCGGACGUCUAAUCCGCGGGACCGCGGCGCUGAUCCCGUGACAGACAACAAAUUCCUCUUCAAAAACCUUGUUAAUGGGCUCAAAAACGUGUUCUAUCAACUGAAGGCUUGCAACCCACAGCCGGAACCGAUAGAUCCGGCUAAUGCGCCCCCAAAUUGGCAGGAAGUAUCCUAUGGUUACAAUGCCGAGGAAGUGGCUGUCAUCACGAAGCUUUUCCGGGAGGGAGCUCAUGUGUUUCGAUACUACAGUCUUGAAAAGCCUCAAUCGGAAACCCAGUACUCUUCGGCCCUUGAGUAUCUCGCGACUCAUUAUAUGGUACCCAAUGGCAAGGAAGAAAAGGAUCUCCUCGAGACUUUUGCUACUGUCUUUCACUCCAUUGAUCCGGCAAUGUUUCACGAAGUUUUUCAUUCAGAGAUACCCAAGCUUUACGACAUGAUCUUUGAGCAUACUGCUUUGCUCCACAUAGCGCAAUUUUUCCUCGCCAGCGAGGCCACCUCGCCAAGCUUUGCCGGGAUGCUGUUGCAGUUUCUUAUGAGUAGAAUCGGCGACGUCGGCUCUGCCGAUGUCAAAGUUUCGUCCGUUCUUCUACGACUUUUCAAACUCUCUUUCAUGGCUGUGACGUUGUUUUCAACCCACAAUGAGCAGGUACUUUUACCCCAUGUGACGAAGAUAGUGACCAAGUCAAUUCAAUUGUCCACCACAGCAGAGGAGCCGAUCAAUUAUUUCUUGUUGCUUCGGUCGCUAUUUAGAAGCAUUGGAGGAGGUCGGUUUGAACACCUUUACAAAGAGAUACUCCCUCUGCUUGAGAUGCUUCUUGAGGUUCUGAACAACCUCCUCCUCGCUGCGCGAAAGCCUCAGGAUCGCGAUCUUUACGUGGAACUCUGUCUUACAGUACCUGCUCGACUUAGCAAUCUCCUUCCACAUCUCAGCUACCUGAUGCGGCCGCUGGUAGUGGCACUACGCGCUGGUUCAGAUCUCGUCGGACAGGGAUUGCGAACUCUAGAGCUUUGCGUGGACAAUUUAACUGCUGACUACCUUGAUCCUAUCAUGGCCCCGGUCAUCGAUGAAUUAAUGACUGCACUUUGGGAUCACUUGCGGCCGAUGCCCUAUAGUCACUUCCAUGCCCAUACGACGAUGAGAAUAUUAGGAAAGCUCGGCGGACGUAACCGAAAAUUUCUCAACGGACCUUCUCCACUGGACUUCAAGGAAUAUGCCGAUGAUGACUGCAGCAUAGAUAUCAAAUUGAUUGGCACCAACAAAGAGCGAGCAUUUCCUGCCGAUCUCGGAAUUGACGUUGCGUACGGAAAGCUCCUCGAAGUACCGAAGACGGCGGUCGCUAAAAAAUCAGAUGCUUAUUAUAAGCAGCAGGCUUUUAAGCUUUUGAGUUCUCAGCUGAAGCUCUAUAUUGGCUCUGAUAGCCUUCCAGAAGAUUUUGCCCGCCUGGUGAGGCUUCAAGUUGACGAUCUCUUGGAAGCAAAGUAUGAUAUUGGGCCGGAUAUCUUCGCAAAGUCUGAACGUGACAAGUCCAUGCACAAGAAAAGCGCAGAAGAGCAGACGCUGAAGAAACUUUUGAAAGCGUGCCUCGUAGCCUGCACAAUAGUGGAGACCGAAGAGGCUGCCACGUCUCUGAUAACGGACGUUUGCCGGCAUUUCACCAUUUUGGAAGUUGGCAGGGCCUCAGCUCAAGCAAGGCAUCUCCGAAAGCCGUUCGACGUUAAAUCUGGCGAAGGGCCAGUAUACGUUGAUAGCAGGAUUCUAGCAGAUGCCUUCGUCGAGUCAUUAUCUUCAGAAAAUGCUGCUAUCCGAGAUGUCACGGUUGAGGCUAUUCGAACCGUUUUCGAUUGCGUCGUGGUGCUCUUCGGUUCUGUCGAAAAGGUCUCAAAGCUUCCGUUCUUCCUUCAUUUGGCACGGACGUUUUGUCAAAGCUGCCAUGAAGAGGAAUGGUUUACGAAAGCAGGAGGUAGUCUUGGGAUCGAUGUUUUCGCAACAAAGAUAGAUCUGGGAGAUGCUUGGAUGGCUGAUCGUCAAGUUGAAUUCGUGCGCGCUUUGAUGUACGUCAUUAAAGAUGUGCCUCAGGAUUUACCGGCAAGCGUCCGGGUGCAGGCCCAAAAGACCCUUGAGGUCUUGCUGGGACGAUGCAAUAAGAGCAUGUCCAAGGAUGACUUCAAGUCUCCGCAAAGCCGACUUUACAAUCUGUGUGGCCUGCUUAUCUAUGAGCUAGCCCAUUUGAACAAACAUGUGAGAGAGGCAGCCCAGAAAGGCUUCACGAUCAUGGCGGAAGCCUUGAACGUAAAGGUACAUGAGCUCAUGAUACCUGUAAAAGACAGGCUGUUACAGCCUAUCUACAACAAGCCCCUCCGAGCACUUCCUUUUGCUGUACAAAUCGGCUAUAUUGAUGCAAUUUCCUUCUGUUUGGGCCUCCAACAUGAAAUAGUCGAAUUCAACGAUCAGCUGAAUCGCCUUUUAAUGGAGUCCCUUGCCCUGGCAGACGCAGAUGAUGAAAGCUUAGCUACAAAGCCAAAUGAGCAGCGGACAGCAGAGUCCAUUAUCAGUCUCAGGGUAUCGUGUAUCCGCUUGUUAUCUAUGGCAAUGGGUUUCGCUGAAUUCGGCAACUCACCGGCCAAUCCAAGUCGACCCAGGAUCAUCGCCGUUUUCUUCAAGUCUCUCUAUUCUAAAUCGCCAGAAGUUAUCGAUGCUGCAAAUGCAGGUCUCAAAGGCGUUCUCACGAUGACGAAUAAGCUUCCGAAAGAUCUGCUCCAGAAUGGACUCCGCCCGAUAUUGAUGAAUUUGCAGGAUCCGAAGCGAUUAAGCGUUGCUGGAUUGGAUGGUCUGGCAAGGCUGCUGACGCUGCUUACAAACUAUUUCAAGGUCGAAAUUGGUUCGAGACUCUUGGAUCAUAUGCGCACCAUUGCGGAUCAAAAUGCGCUGCAAAAGAUCUCCUUCACAUUGGUCGAGCAGAAUCCGAGUAUGAAGGUCGUAGCAGCCAUACUCAAUAUCUUCCAUCUUCUCCCUCCGGCCGCCAUCACAUUCAUGGAAGGGCUUGUAAACAAAGUGCUGGAACUCGAAGAGAAACUCCGCCGGACUACUUACAGCCCUUUCCGCGAACCUCUUGUCAAGUAUCUCAAUCGAUACCCCAAAGAAACUUGGAGCUUUUUCUCGGCCCGACUGCAUGAGAUGAAAUAUGGACGCCUCCUCGCGCAGAUCCUUGAGGACAGUGCAAGCGCACCACUUCGAGACUACAUCUCCGGAGAAAUUGAUGGCCUGAUAGGAUGCUCCUUUGACAUCCAGGAUGCUGACAGACGUGCAUAUGCCACUGUGAAUACGAUACAUAUCAUUCAUUCUAUCACCAUCUGUUCCGGUGCAAAGUCGCUCCUCUCGCACGAUAGCUUGAGACAUCGACUUUUGAUGGUCGGAAAGGAGUUGCAUGACAGAUUAAGAAGAGAUACAUUGCCAGCACCCUUGCGAUUGCCAGUCGACCAGAGUGGUGAGCAGCUGAUGUCCAUAUUUGCUCACUACCUCGCUGGCGCGCAGCGAAACCUCGAUCUACUCUUGGAGAUAAUUGAGGCCAUCACUUCUAAUGAGCUCAAGCCCAGCCAUUCUUUCUUCAAGUAUAUUUACGACCACAUCAUCUCAAGCGACUCCCUUGAGUACUGGCGAGUUAUUGUCUUGCGGUGUAUGGAUCUUUACGCUGAUCGAUCGGUCUCACAAAGGGCAAAAGCUUUUGCCUUCCAUUACUUGGUAAACCCCAUUUUCGCAACAGAUAUUAAACGAAAUUGGAGCAAAGAACCUACUCCAAAAGUGUCUCGAUUUUUGGACAAGGCAAUGACAGAAGCGAUUCACAAUAAACUCGGCCAACCUGGGGUUGAUCACGCCCGCAUGGAGUUGCUCCAGCUUUCAGCGAUGCUGAUCAAAUAUCAUCACAAUCUCGUUCAGGAUGCUCGAAAAGAUGUCAUCAAGUUUGGAUGGAACUAUAUUCGACUUGAUGAUAUCAUCAACAAACAUGCAGCCUACACCCCAUCCAAGAUCGUGGUGCAGAUCUACGUGGCAUUGCUUCGAGCCCAUCAAAAUGAAGGCCGCUCUCUUGUCACACAGGCCCUUGAAUUAAUUGCUCCAGUCCUUCCAAAACGGGUUGCCAAGGGUAAUGAUCCUCGCGCUCCAAUCUGGGCAAAACUGCCGAGAAGAAUCCUGUCCGAAGAGAUCUCCAACUUGCAGCAGCUGAUGAGUAUCUUCCAAUUUGUGGCUCGGCAUCCUGACUUGUUCUAUGAGGCAAGGGAACACUUUGCCCCACUCAUCGUUCAAUCGCUCUCUAAGAUAGCGCCGCCGCCUAAUCCAUCUGCGGAUAGCAAGAAACUUGCUCUCAACCUCAUCAGUCUUAUUUGGCAGUGGGAAGAACGGAGGGUUCGGGGGCCUAGCUCUCCUUUCCCACGUGGACCAUCUGAGUCCCCGCAGUUAAAGAAGCGCAAACUUGAUGGAACGCAAGUUGUUAGUUCGCCGGCUACUUCACUAUCAGCUCAAUCAGGAAGCGAGCGAGCUGAAUAUGUUCUCCCUGCGCCGCUCAGGAUGAUCCUCAUAAAAUAUCUUGUUCAGCUGAUCAGCACGCUCCCCGAACGAUAUCCGGUGCCUUCUGCUAGGGCUAGGGAUCCACUUCCCUAUGCAUUGCAAGUGUCCGCCACUAAUGACAUGUGCAAGAAAGCUCUUCGUUUGCUGCAUGACCUCUUAGGCUCGGAGUUUUGGGGAGACCUAGACACUGAUCUUUUCCCGAAAGUCACAGAAGCUAUAUUGACUUCGGAUAAGAUCGAUAAACCGGACGAGAAGGUUCUGACAAGUAUUAUCAAUUCUUUACAAAUAGUGAGAAUUCUCGUAAACUCGAAGUCGGACGAGUGGUUGGUAUCGCACGUGCCGCAACUUCAGAAAUUGCUGGAAAGAUCGCUUCGAUCCGACAAUCCGGAAGUACAGGAUUGUCUGCAUGCAGCAGCAGAAGAGACUUCUCCCGAACGGGAGCUCAAACCGCUCGUUAGGUGCAUCCUUGAUGCCAUUCCUGAUGAAACUCCGGAAGAAGAUGAGCCAGACCCGGAAGCAACAAGCUCUGGAUUUAUUGCCUUCCUAUCCGCCAUCGCGACUGAAAUGCUUUCCGCAGGCAAUUUGGUGUCUAGCAUCAAUAUUCUCUGGACCCUUGCGCACCGGAAGCCCUCGGAGCUCGAUCAGCACAUCCCUCAAGUCAUGAAGGCACUCCAACAAUUAUCGAAGGAUCAUCUUGCAGCGUACAACGUUGUUCCAGGACAAAACGCAGGCCCUGCAGCAGCUCGAACCGGCGAAGCCUCGGCAAACAAUGGCCCUGACCCCCAUGAAAUAGAAAUCCAGACAAACCUUACACUCAAGGCUAUUGAAAUGACGGCACUGCGCAUGUCUGCACUUGGGGAUCAACGGCGGCCCUUUUUGAGUGUUCUUGCUUCCCUUCUUGAGAAGUCACAAAGCAUUCCACUUUGUCUGAAGAUCCUUGAUAUGGCGGAGUCGUGGGUUUUCAGAUCCAACGAGACUUUCCCUACCCUUAAAGAGAAAACGGCAGUGCUCCAUAAAAUGCUGCUCUUCGAAUCGAGAUCAGAUCCGACAUUACUAAUGAAAUUUUUGAACCUGGUGAUACGCAUCUACGAGGACCAAAAGAUCAAGCGUACGGAACUCACUGUCAGACUGGAGCAUGCCUUCCUGGUUGGGACGAGAGCGCAGGAUAUCGAAAUGCGCAAUCGUUUCAUGGCAAUAUUCGAUGCGAGCCUCAGCCGAACGGCGCAGGCAAGGCUGAGCUAUGUCCUGACCUCGCAGAAUUGGGACACCCUUGCGGAUUCUUUCUGGAUCGCACAAGCCUCUCAACUGAUCCUAGGAGCGGUGGAGAAGGGAACUCCAGCUUCGCUCCAUGCAGAUGACCUGAAGACAUUUCCAGCAUCUGUGUUAUUCGGCCCCUAUGCCAAUGAUCAUCGCAAGGAUAACAUAAUGCUUGAUGAUAAGUUUGAAGAGCUCAUAGCCGGCUCUAGGCGAUUCUGCAGCGAACUUGGUGAGAUUAAGGCUCGCGACCUUAUUGAGCCAUUAAGUCAAUUGCAGCAUACAGAUGUCAAUCUUUCCCAUCGGCUAUGGGUUUCAUUGUUUCCUAUUUGUUGGGCUGCAAUGUCAAAGGAUGAUCGUCUGGACCUUAAAAAGGGGAUUGUGUCUCUGCUUACGAAAGAAUACCACCAGCGGCAAGUCGAUAAACGUCCCAAUGUGGUACAGGCACUGCUUGAAGGUGUCGCGCGGACAAAGCCGAGAUUCAGCCUUCCGCCGCAUGUGAUGAAGUUCCUUAGCAGAACUUACGAUGCCUGGUAUACGGCAGCUUGCUCACUAGAGGAAGACGCACUAAAUCCAGUUAUCGACACUCCUGCGGUUCGUGAGAGCACUCUCGACGCUCUGGUGGAAGUGUACGCCGGCCUUCAAGAGGACGAUCUUUUCUACGGUCUUUGGCGGAGACGAUGCCAAUUUGUUGAGACAAAUGCUGGCCUAUCCUACGAACAAAAUGGAAUGUGGGAUAAAGCCCAGCAGCUCUACGAAGCGGCGCAGAUUAAGGCACGUAUUGGCACCAUUCCUUUCUCGCAAGGAGAGUAUAUGCUGUGGGAAGAUCAUUGGGUACUUUGCGCACAAAAGCUGCAGCAGUGGGAGAUUUUGAGCGACUUUGCCAAGCACGAAAACUUCAAUGAUCUCUUACUCGAAUCAGCUUGGCGCAAUCUUGAAACAUGGACGACCAGCGAAAACCGAGAGCAGUUAGAAUCCAUCAUAAAGGCCGUCUCGGAUGCACCUACGCCGAGAAGAGUGUUUUUCCAAGCCUUUAUGUCUCUGCUUAAGCUUCAUAAUAAAUCGGAGAAUGACUUCAAUAGAAUCUGCGAUGAGGCUAUGCAGCUCUCAAUUCGCAAGUGGCACCAACUGCCCAAACGCAUUACGAAUGCUCACAUUCCAAUUUUACAAAACUUCCAGCAGCUUGUGGAGCUUCACGAUGCCAGCGUCAUCUGUGCCAGUCUUGCUUCUACCACGCAGCAGAAUCUCGAUACGAAGUCGCAAGAGCUGAAACUCCUUCUGGGCACGUGGCGGGAUCGUUUGCCCAACGUCUGGGACGACAUUAAUUCAUGGCAGGAUCUUGUAACCUGGCGACAGCACGUUUUCCAGCUUAUCAACGGCACCUACCUCACCCUGCUCCCACCGCAACAGAGCUCUGCGACUGGCAAUUCUUAUGCGUAUAGAGGGUACCAUGAGACGGCGUGGAUUAUCAAUAGAUUUGCCCAUGUCGCGCGCAAGCAUCAACUGCCGGAAGUCUGCAUAAACCAGCUGAGCAGGAUCUAUACCCUUCCAAAUAUUGAAAUACAGGAGGCGUUCCUCAAGCUCCGAGAGCAAGCGAAGUGCCAUUAUCAGAAUCGCAAUGAGCUUACUAGCGGUCUUGAUGUGAUCAAUAAUACCAACCUGAACUAUUUUGGACAACAGCAAAAAGCUGAGUUUUUCACUCUCAAAGGCAUGUUCCUGGCGAAACUGAACCACAAGGAAGAGGCGAAUGAGGCCUUUGGAACUGCGCUCUACUACGACAUCCGACUACCAAAGGCCUGGGCUGAGUGGGGUCACUACAACGACAAUCUUUUCAAAGAAGAGCCAACUAAUAUGGAACGAGCCGCGGCAGCUGUCAGCUGCUAUCUGGAAGCAGCUGGUCUUUUCAAGAGUGCGAAAUCUCGAAAGAUGAUUAGCCGAAUUCUAUGGCUCUUGAGUUUGGACGAUGCGGAAGGAAAAGUGCACCAAGCGUUUGAAAAUUUUAAGGGAGAAACGCCCGUUUGGUACUGGAUCACUUUCAUCCCGCAACUCCUGACCAGCCUGUCCCAUAGAGAAGCACGGAUUUCACGAGCAAUCCUAGUAAAGAUUGCAAAGAUUUAUCCACAAGCGUUAUAUUUCCUGCUCCGUACCAGCCGCGAGGACAUGUUAGUUAUCAAGAAACAGCAGGAGCAAAGGCAGGAGAAGAUAAAUCGGGCUAUGCAAGCGGCAGGCCAAACUCCAAAAUCCGGACCGCUGGCGAACAAGCCGAAUCUGCAGCCCAAUGGCGUCCCCAGACCACCGGCGCCGGCUACUGAUGCGGCGCAUAUGGCACCACAAGCUCCUAAUGGUGAGUGUUAUGGCACAGCCUGGAUUGCCAGGCCAAGUCAGCCUGGACAGGGCGGUCAACCAAUGCACCCGGCCCAAGCAGCCCAGGCACCACCGAAUCAGACCGACCAGCAAGGCGGCCAGCAGACGCCAGCACAGCCAGCGCCCAAAAAGCCAUGGGAACUGACGGAGGAGAUCAUGGCCGUGCUUAAGACUGCAUUCCCGCUUCUUGCGCUUUCCAUGGAGACAAUGGUGGACCAAAUUCAAAAGCAUUUCAAAUGCCCACCGGAUGAAGAUGCUUACCGCCUAAUUGUUGCGCUAUUGAACGAUGGCUUAUCCUAUGUUGGUCGAAUGCCAGCGUCGUACGCACAAGACGUUAAGCUUCCCCCUGCUACUGAAGCAAAUAUUACCCGGUUUGCAGAAACGAUAUUGCCAGCUCACAUUCGCAAGUCGUUUGAAGCCGACUUUGUAGCCAAGAAACCAACAAUGUUCGAGUAUAUUCAGAAGCUUCGAAAAUGGCGUGACAAAUUUGAAGAGAAACUUGACCGCCGACCCUCUCAGCAGAGUCUCGAAUCGUUUAGUCCUCAUCUCAGUGAGUUCCGGUUUCAGAAAUUCGACGAGGUCGAAGUUCCAGGACAGUACCUGCAGCACCGCGACAAGAACCAAGACUUCAUUCGUAUCGAGCGAUUUUUGCCGAAUGUGGACCUCGUGCGAGGUAUCGGGGUUUGCCACCGCCGACUUAAGAUCCGUGGACAUGAUGGAAGUAUUCAUCAGUUCGCUAUCCAACAUCCUGCAGCGAGACACUGUAGGCGAGAAGAAAGGAUAUUGCAACUCUUCAGGAUUUUCAAUGGGGUACUCGCGAAGAGAAAGGAAAGUCGACGCCGGAACCUCACAUUCCACCUUCCUUUGAUGAUACCACUUGCUCCGCACAUCCGCAUGGUGCAAGACGACCCUUCGUACAUUCCUCUUCAAGGUAUUUUUGAGGAUCACUGUAGAAGACACGGAAUGAACAAGGAUGAGCCUAUUCUCUUCACAAUGGAGAAGCUCCGUGCUCUGACGGACAUGAAGAGCAGCAGAUACCCCGAUCAUUCCAUGAAUUUGCGAAUGGAAGCCUACACCGCCAUUCAAGACAAAUGGGUUCCAAACAAUCUCGUGCUUGAAUAUUUCCAGCAUAUUUACCCCAACUUCGCCGAUUUUUGGCUCUUCCGUCGUCAAUUCUCGUACCAACUUGCAGCUCUUACAUUCAUGACUUACAUUAUGCAUAUGAACAACCGCUACCCCCACAAGAUGUUUAUAUCCAGGGCAACGGGCAAUAUCUGGGGCGCCGAACUUAUUCCCGCCAUGGCUGCGGGCAAGGCAUUCUUCCAUAAUCCCGAACCUGUGCCAUUCCGUCUCACGCCAAAUCUUCAGACGACGAUGGGCCCCAUUGCCAUGGAAGGUAUCUUCUCUUGCGCUGUCAUGGCUAUUGCUCGAUGCCUGACCGAGCCCGAAUUUGAGCUCGAGCAGCAUCUAAGCAUCUUUGUGCGGGACGAAAUGAUAUUCUGGUUCACCCAGCAGCACCGUAGCGGCUUGCAGGAAAACCAACUGCGGGAGACUGUUCAGAUGAACAGUGACAUUAUCGUCAAGAAAGCAGUCAGCCUUGCGCAACCGCCAGUGGGAAAUCUUCCUGCGAACCAGACAAUUAUUGACCUCGUUUCUCGUGCAACCAACCCCAUGCAUCUGGCCCAAAGUGACGCACUUUGGAUGCCAUACCUCUAG